AUGAGUAACGGUCAUGAAGAGAAUGAGAUUGAUGUGUCUCCACACGCGGCGUUGGGCCUAAUUUCCAUCGGUAUUGCGGAGGCGUCUCGAAUGCCGCAUAAUGCUUUAUACUACGUUGUGUUACCAAUUCUGUUGUACGAUGCGACUCAGUUGGUGCAUUGGCACAACUUCAAGAAAAAUAUAAAAACGGGACUUAUGUUGGCGGUCAGCGGUAUUGUGCUGCAGGUGUUCGUGCUGGGGGCUCUAAUGCAGUGGUCGUUCAGCUCCAGCGCUACCAAAACCACUUCUCCAGAACGACUCCUGAACUUCUUCCAUCCGUUACCAGACAGCAACCAACGAGUUUUGCCUGCCGUCCGAGAUACCACUGAUAUAACGGAACUCUUCCUACCUCCAGGAGCCCUACCUCCCCUACCUUCUGGAGCCCUAACUCCCCUACCUUCUGGAGCCCUAACUCCCCUACCUUCUGGAGCCCUAACUCCCCUACCUUCUGGAGCCCUAAUUCCCCUACCUUCUGGAGCCCUACUUCCAGGCGCCAGCGGAGUAAGUGGUCUCCAAGCCAGCGGAGUAAGCGGCGUUCCCCGCAGCGGAGACAGUGUGGAGAUACAUGGUUCCCCAGUCGCUUCCAGAAGAAAGCGAAAUUUGGCGAGCCAGUUUCUAGACACCCCGAUCAUUUUCCCAGGUGGCAUAGUGGACAGCUCAGCAGGAGGGGCAAUAAAGUGGACCGGGAACUCCACUGAUCAACUCAGGGGGUUUACCGGACACGGUGACUUGUGGUUCGCCGGCAGCGGCGACCAUGUGGCGACUACCUACAGGCGGCCUGACGAUGGCUCGGUUAUGGUUCGUGGAUUAGUACCGGAGGGUCCGACUUUGUCUAUAACUCCCGGACUAGGCUUAUCUCACGGUGAAAGCUUAUCCGGGGAUGUAGAGGCUCCCGGCGCCAAUAGUCUCGGUAUCCAGACUCCUGAUGACCAGAUUCCUGAUGACCAGAUUCCUGAUGACCAGAUUCCUGGCCUUGGUGAAGAAGACGAUCUGGAAGGGGAAGAAACGGAGGCUAUAGAAGACGAGGAUGAUGGGGAGCCUUCCUUUGCCUCAAGUUGCAUGAUAGCGGCUGCAGUAGGAGCAACAGACCCCAUUGCGGUAUUGGGUGUGCUGGAGGAGUUGGAUGCUCCUGCACACUUGGUGUCUUUGUUUGAUUGUGAAUCUUUAAUUAACGACGGUACUGCUAUCUUCCUGUUUUCAUUCUUCCGUUCUAUGAGUCGAAAUGGAGGAGUCAGUUGGGGUGACAGCGUUCGUGAAUUCUUCCUACUACUAUUGGGUGGUCCGUUAGUCGGAUUAGUGUGUGCGGCGGUGUUGUAUCGUUGUAUUAAGCACUUCCGAUUCCAUCCGUUUGAUGUGACGUUACUAGUUGUGGCUGUUUCUUACUUGGUUUUUUUCAUUGCUGAGAUUUACUUACACACGUCGGCGCCGUUGGCUAUAGUUGUGUAUGGAUUAUACUUCAAGGCAUACGCCAAGGCUGCUUUUGAGGCGGAUACCAGCAAGGUUCAUCACACGUUCGUACGAGGGAUGGCUACGGCUAUGACGAGUCUGGUGUUUAUAAUUUCAGGAAUCGCUUGUAUGCGUAUCACCUGGGAUACUCUGACUGGGGCUCAGAACUUAGAGAUACCCGACAGCUAUCCAAAGUUCGUGGAAGACUUCGGUCCCACUCCAGACCCCAAUGCAGAUUACUGGUCGUCGUCGUCGUCGUCGGCAAGAGGGUCCGCACCUUUGCGACUUCUAUCAGAAAAGAAUCCUGCCAUACGGGACUUAUGGCAUGUUGCCGUGUUCUACCUCUUCUGCAAUAUCGCUCGCGCAUUAAUGAUCCUAGUCUUUUCGCCACUUAUUAAGAAGGACUUAGGAAAAUUCAGUUGGAAAGAAGCCGUGCUUCUAUGGUGGGGCGGAUUACGCGGUGGGGUCUGUCUCAUUUUGGCACUCCUAAUUGAGCAGGACGAAGACAUAUCCGAGAACCUAGCCAGCAAAGCUUCUCUCUAUUGUGCUAGUGCUGUGGUAUUGAUUUUGAUCAUCAAUGGCACUACAUUUGAGUUCCUCUUCCGCUGGCUCCGUCCAUAUCGUGCUAAUCCAUUCAAGGAAAUAUACCUGCUGAAAGUACUCAAGUUCAUUGAUGAGGAAUACCAGCAUGAAGCCGACCUAUUGCAGUCACAUUGGCUUUAUCAGAAUACCAAUAUUCUGGAGUACUCGAACAAACUUGUACCCGUUUUGGGUGCUAGCGAAAUGCAUGACAUGAAAGGUUUGUUAAUCCCCGGUGUGCAUGUGCGCAAAGUUAUGGAGUCCUUCGACAUGUCACAGCUCAUUACCAACUCCACACUCUUCACAACUGCUCCAUCCCGUCCAGGCUCACGUCCAGGCUCACGUCCAGGCUCACGUCCAGGCUCAACUCAACUCGAAAGUCCAGGACGUAUUCUCGCCGGACCCGUCCCCUCAGCUGGCUCCACUCCUGCCAGUAAACAACUCAGCCUUGGAGAUAACGCCCGAGCUUGGACCGCACCAGCCACUGCCGCUGAUCUCGAGGCACCUGAUGCCGGUGGAGAAGGACACGAUACUGCCGCCAAAAUUCAAAAUCUCAAAAACAUCAAGCACGAUGUGAACGUUCUCAAGACUGUGGAGAUCCUCUACGGCGACGACGCUCACAAACCCUCUCCCGCCACCAACGAAGAAGACGACGACGACGACGACUCAGACUCCGACGGACUCGGCAUCAAGGCUGCCAGCGCAAAGAACCCUUCCACCCCAGUCAAAGACCCCCUUACCCGCUUUGGCUCUCUUGAUGACUCCGUCCUCAACACAUCCAGGUAUAAACCCAUCGACGGACAUGUUACUGACGGUCGCGGUGGACGGCUUGGAGUAGACGUUCGCUCCCUGAGCAGACCCGCCAGCACCCACUUCAGUCCCGGCCCUCUCGGCUCUGGACCACUGGGCGCUGGCUCAUUGGGUUCUGGCCCUCUCGGCUCCUACCCAACCUCACUGGGGUCGAGCUCAUUGAGGUCUGGCAGACUAGGCCUAGGCACAUUCGGAUCAGGCCCACGGGGAUCGGGCGCACUGCGCUCAGGACCUCAGGACGCGGGCAAGCUGAAAGAUCCCGUUCGGACUUCCAUGUCGCCGUUAAACCGGCUGGCCACGCGACCGGCAUUGCCGUUGGGCGUGCUGCCGGAGUCCAGCGAAGACGAGGACGGCAUCGUCCGCGGCGGUGGGCGGCCACAAGACAUGAGUCAGCAAGAAAGUUUCUACGAGCUGGCGCAGACUGUGGAGGACAGCAAGCGCGUGCGGUGGAGUGAGGCGCAGCCGUCGAUAGAGGUGGCGCGUGGAGCUCCGGAUCCGGGAGUCCGCGGUUCGAAUACUGCGUCGCGCAGUUCGGAUGAGGGUUUCCCGAUCCGGCACACGACGGGGCUGGAUCCUGGUCGGCACUCGAGCGGGUUGGCAGCAGCCGAGACAGAGACGUCGCCGUCGAUUACCGUACGGCGCGUAAGUACCGUAGGGAACUUCGGGACGGCGACGCAGCAAGGUCAAUUAGGUGCUCAAGGGGGUGGUUUGUUGGGUGAUCCUCAGAACGGUCCAAGUCCUACUGCGGAGUCGGCGUUGCCUCGGCGACAGCCAUUGUAUCGUACGGGCAGUUACGUGUACCGGAUCCGGUCGGAGCCGUACAGUGCGCACUUGGACGCAGCGAAUGUGGCUAGAAUGGCGACGGAAAGUUCGCCAGGGUUGGAGGGGCCGGAAGGUGACUGGUCACCCCAUUUCCUGAAUGCGGAUGUGCACAUCCCACGAACCAUGUCGGUGCCAGAUCACGUGGGGACGAAGCCGUUAUUCAAGAAGCCUGUAGCACCGGCCAAGGUACGCCGAAAUACGCGUCCCCAGCCAGUGCGACCGUGGCAUCGCGAGGGUGAGGUGGUAAUGAUGGUAGUGAACUCGAUGAGGCAUUUGUACAGGCGUAUGUAUGAGCAGAACUUCAUUAGUGGGACUUGUUUCGUGGCCUUCAUGAGCAACAACGAUUCUGUGAAUGACUUCGCUAUAUCACACGAAGAGGACAAAAUAAAGCCCUGGUGCUACUUCGUGCAGCGACCGUCACCCCUGGACUUUGUUGUAGAUCACGGAGCCGACAACCCGGACCACGGAAUCGCUCCCCGCGCACGCCAGGUGUUCUGCGCCUGUGACUACCAAGUACGGAAAGAGCGUGACGAAAAGUUCAAAAAGCUCAUGGAGGGUGUCACGCCAUUUGACCUGGAAUGGUUCCUCCUUCUCGGACGACUACGCGUGAGCAGCCGCUGGGACGUUUCGUUCCUGCGCCACCUUGGUCGCAAGUGCGCGUGUCAGAGUUCUACUACGCCCGCUCCCUCCGAGGCUGCCUCCGUCGCGCUCGACCUGACCCUCGGCGGCGCCGGCGGACUCAAUGGCCUUUCGGCUGCCACCUUCGGCGCCCCUCCCUCCGGCAUGACGUCGGCUGGAGUGGGCUCAAACAACCCGGGAUCGCCUGCGGGCAGCGGUGGUUUGGGGAUAGGCAGCGGCGGCGGUUCAACACAGGGCGUGGCCGAGGAGACCGGCGGAUGGAAGCUAGCAUGGCAACGGUUCCUGGUGUGGAUGUGGGCACUGCUGGGGCCGAGGCAAAUCUUCCCGGCACUCGACGAUCUACAGACUCUCUGUGCUUAUGUGGAUGUGCACGAAGAAAUGCUCGUGCGUGGUGAUCGCGGCCUACGCUUCAUUCUGGGACCUAAACUGCUUGAGUCAUACACACUACGCACCGCUCGUGGAAAGGUCGCUGUACGACACCUUGCACACUUCUACCCACAAUCCUUCCCAUUUGCACUUAUCUGUCAUGGUGCUGUCUUCCUCCUUAACCUCAAAAUACAACUCGUUGAAGAAUACCACGAACGAGGACUGCUCAUGACCUCCGACUGCGAGACUAUACUCAACGUGCUCAAAAGACAAAUUGUCCGAGCAACCAAGUAUCACCCCCAAUACCUAUUCACUUAG